CAGCUCUUCCAGUCAUACACCCCCUCCACUGUAUGAUGUUACCGUUACGCACCACUAUAAUAAACGGAGACGUGAUUUUCUGGGGCGAAUCCCUGCCGACGUCACUCCCAGUCAUAUAUAAAUAUCCCCAGCAGCGACUCUGAUCAGACUCAAACGAAACUGCUUUUUCGGCUACAAGAACUCUUCAAACCAGGAUUUAUUGGAUUGCCUUCGUUGGAUUUAAUAGCCAAUCCUCGCUAAAAGCACAAUGACUUUGAACAAGGAUGACAAAUUGCGGAACAUGGAAAAGAGAAGAGGAAGCAUGCCGUUCCCCAUGAAUUUACCAAACCUACACCGGAGAAGCAUGCCCGUGGACGACCGGGACCUGCGCGCAACCAUGCCACAGACGGGGCAGACCGACGAGCUGUCCAACCUCCUGCGCUGCACGUCCUACUCCCCGAAGGAGCAGCACCGAGGCAGCUGCGCGUCGGACUCCUCCGACUCCGUGAUCUCCACCGGCAGCGAAUCGGAGUCCCCGCUGUACAAGGUGGUUCUCCUCGGGGAGCACGGCGUUGGCAAGUCCAGCCUGGCUCGCGUCUUUGGAGGAGUUGAUGAUGCUGGUCACGAUUGCGACCAUCGCGAUGAAGCAGGAAACACUUAUGACAGAUCUAUCUUUGUGGAUGAAGAGGAGUCAUCCAUUGUGUUGUAUGACAUCUGGGAACAGGAUAACAGCCAGUGGCUAAAAGAACAGUGCAUGCGGAUGGGAGACGCCUACAUCAUCGUGUAUUCAGUAACAGACAAAUCAAGCUUCGAGAAGGCGUCAGAGCUGCGUAUUCAGCUGCGUCGGGCCAGGCAGUCAGAGAACAUUCCUAUAAUCCUCGUGGGCAACAAAAGUGACCUGGUGCGGUCCAGAGAGGUGUCUGCAGAUGAGGGAAGUGCCUGUGCAGUGGUAUUCGACUGCAAGUUCAUCGAGACGUCUGCAUCCCUUCACCACAAUGUGCACGACCUAUUUGAGGGCAUCGUCCGACAGAUCCGCUUGAGGAAAGACAGCAAGGAGGAGAACGCACGGCGCAUGGCCAACUGCAGGCGUAGAGAGAGCAUUGGCAAGAAGGCCAAGCGGUUUCUGGGCCGCAUGGUCGCACGCAAGAACAAGAAGAUGGCUUUUAGGCAGAAGUCAAAGUCCUGCCAUGACCUCACAGUUCUCUGAGGAACAGACAGAUUUUUUUUUUUGGCCUCUGAAGACCAGACGCUGUGUGUGUUUUAACACUAACCCUAAAGGACUAAUAGAGCUGUACAGAAAUAUAUUUUUUAUUUUUUAGACACCACCCAAAAGCAAAGAGAGGACGUAAUUAAAAUAAAAAAUGACACUAUUCAAGUCAUUUUAUGAUAAUGGUGAUAACUUGCAUGAAGCUUUGCAAACAUUUAUUUUAUUUUAUUAUUUUUGUCUGCCUUAUAAAUGUCCCUGUCAAAUGGUCAGUUUGUAAGAGAAAUCCACAAAGGAUUGUUUUUCUAAUGAGUUGAAUGCAAAGAUUGCCUUGCUGUUGGGUAUUGUUGUGCUCCUUUAUUGGAGGGGAUUGAUGUAUAUACUAUAACAUGAAUGCAACAUACAUCUCAUUAUCAU